AUGUUGGGGUCGGUCAAAGUCUGCAACCUCUCCGUGUGCCAGGAGAGACUACUAGAUAUGCGAGCUGUGUGGUUGGUAUGGAACCAUCAUCGUCCUCUAUCUCUUUGGGUGGUCUUCUACCGGUGCCCACCAGGGCCCGAACGUUGCCUGUUGGACAGCGACUGCAUCAAUGGUGAUGAUUAUGGUGGUGUUAACCUUUUUUAUCGACAUUUCCUGUGA